UAGUGAAGACAAAAGAUGGAUUUUUUUUGGGGGGGGAAUAGUAUUCGCCGGACUGUCAACCGUGAUGCGCAGUGCCACAACCUGAGAGGGCAGUUUGGUGCUGCAACUUGUUUAGUGAACUAUAACACUUUGCACAAUUGUGUGGUUCAGUGCAACGUCAGAUCAUCUUGUCUGCCACCUGAUGGUCUGAACGGGAUGGAGGAUGAGGAUGAUUGCCCAGAGUUGGUCCCCAUCGACGCCCAGCAUGGUGCUCCUGAAGAGCAGAUCCCUGUCACCAUCAUCACUGGGUACCUUGGUGCUGGAAAGACCACGCUCUUGAACUACAUCUUAACAAAACAACACAACAAGCGGAUUGCAGUCAUACUCAAUGAAUUUGGAGAAGGGAGCGCCCUUGAGAAGGCCCUUGCUGUGAGCCAGGCUGGAGAACUUUAUGAGGAGUGGCUGGAGCUGAGGAAUGGCUGCCUCUGCUGCUCUGUCAAGGACAAUGGCCUUAAAGCCAUUGAGAAUUUGAUGCAGAAGAAGGGCAAGUUUGACUAUAUACUUCUGGAAACUACAGGCCUUGCUGAUCCAGGCGCUGUGGCCUCCAUGUUUUGGGUUGACGCAGAACUUGGCAGUGACAUCUAUUUAGACGGUAUUGUGACCAUCAUCGACGCCAAGUAUGGACUCCAGCAUCUAACAGAGGAAAAGGCUGAUGGACUUGUGAAUGAGGCAGAAAGACAAAUUGCGCUCGCUGACCUGACAAUUAUCAACAAGACCGAUCUGGUGAGGGAGGCGGAACUUGCUCAAAUCCGAGACGCUGUCAGGUCAAUAAACGGUGUGGCGAAGAUCCUGGAAACCCAGAGAUCAAGGGUGGACCUCUCGGAAGUUCUCGACCUUCACUCUUUUGACAGUAAAAACGGAGCAAAUCUAGCAGAGAAGCUGCACAUUGCGAAACCGAGCAGACCUCAUCUUGACAAGAGUAUUUUAACAGUGACUUUUGAAGUGGCGGGAAGUGUUUCAGAAGACGCUCUAAAUGUUUUCAUUCAGGAUCUCCUCUGGGAAAAGACACUGCGAAACAAAGAGGGGAAACCCAUGACUGUCAUUCGCUUAAAGGGAAUCGUGUCAUUGGCGGCCAAAGCCCACCAAGUCAUGCUGCAGGGGGUCCACGAGCUGUAUGAGCUCAAUGAGACUCCCCAGCUUUGGGAGGAGCAGCCGCGGAUCAGCCGGCUGGUCUUUAUAGGAAAGAACUUGGACAAAGAUAUUCUCCAACAACAGUUCAUCUCCACUGUGCUACAAAGGCACGAAUAAUCUGAAGAUCUUUUCCUGGAAAACAGUCAAUUCUGUAGCAGGGUUUUGGAUUUCGGUCACUUAAGAAGACAGAUUAAGCUUCACUUAUUCACUGAAGAUUGAAGCACACCAGAGGUUAGCUAAUGAUAACACUAAGUCCAAACAUAAGAGGACAGUCUCUUUACUUAGAAAAGGGCCUUCUGAAAAAAUACAUGAUAAUACUGUAAUCGUGUGCUGGAUGUUACUUAUGUACGUAAUGCAAUUAACAAGUAACAUGAUUACAAAACUAUUUUUAAUUAAGAUGGCAAAUUCCACUGUAGAAUGAAAAUCAUGCAUCUCCAAUUAUUAUUUACUUUUUACAUGAAAAACGAAUAUUUUAUUUUGUGUGUGUGUGUGUAUUCUAAAACAAAAUAUUUGGAGUUAAAUCAUUUUCGUUUCACAGCAUUAAUAAAUUUUGUUUUAAAGCUG